AUGGACUUCCGACAACGCACACAGUCGCCCAUCGUGACAGGCACAUCGGUAAUUGCACUCAAGUAUAAAGAUGGUGUGAUGAUGGCAGCGGAUACGCUGGGGUCAUAUGGCUCAUUGGCGCGCUUUACAGAUCAGCGUCGUCUUACAGCCGUACACAAUACGACAUUGCUAGGCGCUGGUGGUGAUUUUAGCGAUUUUCAGUUUAUUAAGGACAAGAUGAAUGAACUGGAAGUGUAUGAUUUUAAUCAGUAUGAUGGAUGUGAUAUGACUGCACCUGAAAUUUAUCACUACCUUCAACGUUUGCUUUACCACCGCCGCAACAAGUUUAAUCCGCUCUGGAACACGAUCGUGGUGGGUGGUAUGAAUCCAGAGACAAACCAGCCUUUUUUGGGACAGGUUACUAUGAUUGGUCUGGCCUUUGAGGGGGACUACAUUGCCACGGGCUUUGGCCAUCAUUUUGGCAUGCCAUUGUUACGUAAGCACUGGAGGCCUGAUAUGGAAGAGACCGAGGCACGGGUGCUGCUGGAGGAUUGCAUGCGUGUGUGUUUCUACCGUGACUGUCGCACGAUCAACCGCGUCCAGUUUGCAAAGGUAGCGACGGAUGGUGUCACUAUACCGGAGCCUGUCAAGAUGGACACUAAGUGGGACCACUCGCUGUUUGUCAAGACCAAGUCGGAGUUCGGUGCCUCGUGGUAA